UAUGUUUCGUUUAAUCUUUCAUUUCAAUAAUCAUAGCAAGUUUAAAUUUCAAAUUCCUUGUAUUUGCGUUUGAAAAUGUACCCUCUGGUGGCGGGUGAAGGUACCGAUGUUGAAAAUUAAUUUGAUACCGAUACAUCCGUUUUCGGUAAGGUCGGCCGUUUUCAAAAAGUUGCAAGUCGAUAUUGACGAAAUAAUUUUAAGUAUUCUGAGGUAUCCGAAGGACGCUAAUCAUUCCAAAGCAUGGCUAAGCAUCAUCCAGAUUUGAUAUUUUGUAGGAAACAGCCGGGCGUUGCUAUUGGUCGAUUAUGUGAAAAGUGUGAUGGAAAAUGUGUAAUCUGCGACUCGUAUGUGAGACCUUGUACACUGGUACGAAUUUGUGACGAAUGUAAUUACGGAUCUUACCAAGGCCGUUGCGUUAUCUGCGGAGGCCCCGGUGUAUCUGAUGCAUAUUACUGCAAAGAAUGUACAAUUCAAGAAAAAGAUAGAGACGGGUGCCCGAAAAUUGUAAACCUGGGAAGUUCGAAAACGGAUCUAUUCUACGAAAGGAAAAAGUAUGGAUUUAAACGACGAUAGAUGUAAUUAUGUGUAUAAGUAUAGACUAUAACAUCUCGGUAUCUGUAAGUUAUGAUGUGUGAAAUGAGAAUGAAUGAGGAUGGAACAUUGCGUUCUGUGUUUUUAUAAUAAACGGUUGAAUUAUAUUCGUACAUCUGUAUUUCGUUUUUAUUCUUAUUUAUGACGAGGCAACGAUAGGCAAAAUCAUUGGACCGAUUCCUAAUUACAUUUCCUGUCCGUCGAUCCCCUGCAGAGAUUUGGAUUUAGACAAGGGAUAAUUGGAAAAUGAAAGUUGAUCGUGAAAAGUUAUACUUGAUUUUUAUUUAAAUAUAGCUCUAUUCAUUUGUCAUCAACAUUAUUCUACGAAUGAAUUAUGUUUUCCUAAUUUUUUUUACAAUUUGUUUUCGUCCUUGUACGUUAUAUUUGCACACAACGUACUUUAAAGUUUUUGAAUACGUUUAAAACCACAUAUCUAGAGAAAUAGUGUUAGAAGAAUAAUGCACGCAGAUCAAACAAUCUUUAUUAACACAGAUGUUACAUUUUGGCACGCAAUUUUGAGGGCACGAUUUUUGCCAAAGAAAAACUUGUCUUUCACCGUUUCACAAGUAUUAUAUAUGAGAGAACUUCUGCAAAGAGUUUUUUCCAAAAGACUGUACUUAUAUUUGCAAAAAGCCAUGUUUUUUAGAAAUACAUAACUGUUUAAAAAGACUGCAUAAAAUAUUCAAAUUUUCAAUUCUCUAGGCGGUUCCACUUGCAUUACUCUUCUGCUACAGUGUCUGACUUAGCGUAUGACUAUUACAAUCCAAUAGUUUAUUUAGUAACAAUUUCAGUUACCUGUACCAAUUAUUAAACAUUUUCUAACAGUUUUACUAACAUUGUCGUAAGUCAUAUGUGUCGUAUUAUAUUUGUAUUCGUCAGACUAUUUAACUGAGAAUAUGAACACUUUUAUUCUAAUCUUUGUUCGAUAAAUAUCAAUCGGAAAUUUGAAACCAAUACCGAUUAUUUCUGCCCUUAUACUUAGGGAAAUAUGUAAGUUUACUAAUAAAGCUGUUGAAAUUCAUUUCAUAUCGUUGAUUCAAUUCACUUUAACUUGGGCACAAACUUAUUUGGUAAAAUAUUACCCUAUUUGGCCAAUAUUCAAUACUGUUGAGCUGCAUUAGUUAUUUCUUAUCAAGUCAGUUUCUAGUAGACGGUAUUGUCAGUAAAAUUAUUAGAGAAGAGAAUCAAAGUUUUUACAAUGAUAAACCACGAAUGAUAGACCAACUACUUGCAAUUCAUAACCUACUGAAAAUUUGCUAUAACUUUGAUCGACUAUUUUUUUUUCUCUUUUUUGGUAUACAUAUAUACCUAUAUAUAUAUUUUUCUUUAUUUUAAACACUAAUCAAUUAAUCUAUCAUCGCUAACAUGCAUGAGAUGGUUAGUUUUCAGUAUUGUACUUCUCAGCUGUAAUUUAUGAUUAACAACCGACGUGAUCAUCAGUUAUUAUCAUUGUAUUAAUCGCUCUUUUUACUAUUCACAAAUUCACUAUUCUACAUCUUAAAGAUCGAUGGGUGCCGCGUAAGCUAAUUCUUAGCAAUACACAAAGCCAUUCGAUUGGUCAUACGAUAUACUUAUCAAAAAAUUUAAUUAAUCGUAAAGAGCAAAUACUUGAAAUCUUUUCUCUGGAUUUAAACAUCAUCGCAGCUAUUGAAUUUUACUUCUUAGGACAGUAAGACGUAAGCAAUAUUACCCUACGUCUGUACUUGUUUACAUAUAAACUUUACGCUAAUGACAAAUAUGAGAUCCUAAAAUCCAAUAUUUUUUAGGUUCCUAACAUUUAUAUUUAGUUCUUACUAAACUGACCGUGAAAUUGGCCAAGUGUUAAUUUAAUUCAAUAUCCCUCAUAUUAAGAGUAUUUAACUUAUUAGAAAGGAA